CAGGGUGGCACUGGGAUGUAUGGAAUGCAGGAAUAUAAGUGAUACAAGGAUGUAAAGGAUACAGGCAUGUAAGGGAUGCAGGGAUGUGAGGGAUGUUGGGAUAUAAAGAAGACAGGAAUGUGAAGAAUGCAGUGAUGUAAGGGAUGUGGAGAUGUGAAGAAUGCAGGGAUGUUAGGGAUGCAGUGAUAUAAGGGUGCAGAGAUAUAAAGGGUGCAGACGGAAGUAAUAAAAUCAACACGUUCAUGCUCCUAAGGAGUUUAUUCAAUAAGCUAAGAAGAUAAUUACAGCAAAUUAAAUGAACGCAGAAAAUAAAAUAAGGGUAUAUGUAUGCCUUUAGCUACCUACAUACAUGAAGCUAGCCGGAAGGAAUAAUAAAAUAUGAUUAUUUUUAAUUUUUCUUAGUGUAUUUCGUUUGUAAAUCGCUUGUGAGUCUAUUUUUAACGUUUGUGACAAAUUACUUCUUUUGUGAUUAGCAAUUUUAUUUCAGUCAUGAUGUGAUCCGAAACUAUUUAGUAAUUUUUUAUGGCAAAACCGCUCAGGGCUGACAUACGUGAAAAGUCGUUAUUCGCAUAGUUCUAUUUCACUUUAGCAAAUGCAGAACUUGGUGUUUGACAUGGCUGAAGGAAACGAAUAACAAUCAUCACACAGGGUAUAGGUAGAAUAUGGGUAGACUAUAGCUGUCAUGUGGACGUGUCUUUUUCAAUCUGUUGGUACAUUUAUUAAAUAGCAUUUAAAUUAGAUGAUUAGGUAUUAUAUCUUUAAAUCUAUAAAAACGUGAAUACGUAGACAAACUUAUUGUGAGAAUGCGAUGCCAGCACGUAGACGACACGUUGUCUCCGAGGUAGACCAUGGUUUCGUGAUCACAACCUCAAAGAGUCCCUGGCAGGGCAAUACCAUAAGUCAGCAGUAUAAUCAUGAAAGUGAAGGGUGCGAUUUAACUAAAAACGAAAAGAAGAAAGCAGAUAUCGUAGCAGCGACAAUGACGUCGCGCGACAGGACCAAUGAAUUCGUUAAUGCCAUCCGGACGAUGCAAAGCAGGACCGUGACACGAGCAGCGGUUCUGCAAAAUCCUCGUCGAGCACGUCAAUUACAAAGCUAUUCAAAUUUUAUGAUGAUAGCUAAAAGUAUUGGAAAAAAUAUAGCGAGCACGUACACUAAGUUAGAAAAGCUUGCUCUAUUGGCAAAAAGGAAAUCUAUAUUUAAUGACAGACAAAUGGAAAUUGAUGAGUUAACAAAUAUCAUAAAAACAGACUUAAAAAGUUUAAAUCAUCAGAUAGGAAAAUUACAAGAACUUGGAAAAAAGCAGCGGGAUGGAUAUGGUGCAUUUCAAAGUCAUCAUAUGAAUUCACACUCAUCUUCUAUUGUAAUGACCUUACAAUCAAAGCUAGCAAACAUGUCAAAUCAUUUUAAAAGUGUAUUAGAAGUUCGAUCAGAGAAUAUGAGGGAAGAGCAAACUAGAAGGCAACAGUUUACUCAAGGUUCUGUAUCUACAAUGUUACCUCCAAGUGUUGCUGGGAAACAAGGUUCAUUAUUGCUUCAAGAACAAGAUUCUCCUUCGUCUACAGUUAUAGAUUUGGAGCCAGCAAUGGGACAGUUAACAUUACAGCAAGCAAUUCAAGAUGACUCUAUGGCAUAUGCCCAGUCAAGGGCAGAAACAAUGCAAAGCAUAGAGUCCACUAUAGUUGAACUUGGAGGAAUUUUUCAACAAUUAGCGCACAUGGUUAAAGAACAAGAGGAGAUGGUGGAAAGGAUAGAUAGUAAUAUAGAAGAUACAGAAUUAAACGUGGAAGCAGCACAUGCAGAAAUUUUAAAAUAUUUUCAAUCUGUAACAAAUAACAGAUGGCUAAUGAUAAAAAUAUUUGCAGUUCUUAUAUUUUUCUUUAUAUUUUUUGUAGUGUUUUUGGCAUAAAACAAUUAUAUUACUAUGAUGAUGAUUAUUAUUAUUAUUAUUAUUAUAUAUAUAUAUAUAUUUCUUCAUUCAGUUUUGUAGUUUACCAUUCAUAUCCAUUUGUGAUAUAAAUUGAUCAAAGAACGAGGCGAAUUUUUAUAAAACUAUGACUCACUAGCUAUAGAAUAGUAUAUUCAAUUGCAUUCCUCGACCUCUUUGUUGAAUUGUGAAUACUGUAAGUAUUAAUAAUUAAACACUACAUCAGUGUAGAUUAAAGCUACAUUGUUGAUUGUAAACUGUAAAAAGGAUGCUAUGGGUAAUAAAUGUAUAAUUUUCAA